AUGUUUCAAGGAUCCCUCCCUUCCUCCAUUCACUAUUUUAGUGGUGCCAAUAACGGCUCACCACCAAUGUCGUACCUACCGCCUUUAAGAGCACUGCUCUUACCUCUCACAGUGCUACUUCUAAAACCCGCCCUCGCAACGAACCUGUACACGACCUCCAAUAAUGAAACACCCAAAGAUAAUAGCCCAGACUGCGACUGCUACGUCGUGCUUUCUGGGAAGGACACAAAAACACCGGAAUACUUCCAAUAUUACCGUUUCUAUGACUUCCGGAACCUCCCAGGUGCCCUGAGCGAACCACCGCCACUGCUUAAUGAUACACAGAUUGCAGGUCUGGCACCCACGUGGCAACCCGAUCUGUUUAGCAGUGAUGCAUGGACUAGAGACUGGGGGAUCCAGAACUGGACUAAGCCGUCCACUUCCGACUUCCCCAUACCGAUGAACAACUCGGUCGCAAAUGUAUAUCUUGGCGAAGAAGACUCAACGUCAUACCUUGCACUACGCACAUCACGCCUAGACGACUAUCAGACGGCAGGCGAGAUCGAGAAUGAGCAAAAGAACUUGAUGCAUGUCUCGAUGCGCAUGUACGGCCGUGUUCAGGGAACCAAAGGCGCAGUCGCAGGAUUCUUCACCUUCUUCGACGACGAAAACGAGUCCGACAUUGAGAUUCUCACAAAAGACCCCACGGACCAGAUUCGCUACACCAACCAGCCCGCAGUCAGCAAGGACGGCAACGAAGUCGCCGUCGCAUCAGUCGGCCCCACCGACCUCCCGCGAUGGGACGACUGGCAAACCCACCGUAUCGACUGGCUGCCCAAGAACAGCUACUGGUACCUGAACCAAAAGCAAGUCGCCGCAAACACGUACUCUGUGCCCCGCAAACAGAGCUUCCUCGUCAUGAACAUGUGGAGCGACGGCGGCACAUGGAGCGGCAACAUGACUGUUGGCGAGAGCGCAGAGUUCCACAUCCAAUGGAUCGAGAUGACUUUCAACACUAGUGGCCCGUACGCAGGCAUUGCCCAGAACAAGAGGGACACAUCGGGCAUGUUGGAGGAGCGGUCAAAGGGCGGGUGCAAGACUGUUUGCAAAAUCGACGAUGUGAAGCAGGUCGGUACACCAGAGGUUGUGCAUAGCGGUGCCAUGGGUUUGGGUGUAUCUUGGGGAUUCUUGGUUGUGGUUGGUCUCGUUUCGUUUGCCGUUGGGUAUUGA